AUGUCAAAAACAAUUUUAUUUUAUAGAACAAAAGGUAAAUAUGGCGCAUUAAGUAAUUUUUAUUCUUCUCCAAUAAUUAUUGAUGAGUUCACUUGGCCAACCGUUGAACAUUAUUUCCAAGAAGAUCAAAAAAAUUUGCAAGAUGAAAUUCGAUUAGCGUCAACUCCGCACGAAGCCGCAAAGUUAGGUAGAAAUUUCGAAGGUUUAAGAAGUGAUUGGAAUGAAAGCAGAGAUUCUGUUAUGUUGAAAGCUUUAAGAUUUAAAUUUACACAGCAUGAAGAUUUAAAAGAAUUAUUAUUAAGCACAGGAGAGAGCAAAUUAAUCGAGGACUCACCUAGUGAUAGUUAUUGGGGUAUUGCCACAAAAAAUGGUGUGAAGGGUGAAAAUAAAUUAGGCUUAUUAUUAAUGGCAGUUAGAUCGGAGUUACAAAGUGAUUUAUCUAAUAUUAAUGACGAUAAAAAUUAA